AUGAACCUCAGGAAGGUUCCUCUUUAUCUUUGGAAUGAAUUAGGAUUAUCUAAGAUUGCUAGUAUUGUUGGUACUCCAAUCAUGACCGAUACUCCAACAGCAUUGAAAACUAGGAUGUCAUAUGUCAGGGUUUUGGUUGAAGUUGCAGCUGAUUGUGGGUUCCCUUCUAAUUUGCAUAUUCAAGUGGAUAAUGAAAAUUUUAUAGUGAAGGCUGAGUAUUCUUGGAAACCUGAUGCUUGCUCUCACUACAAGAAUUUUGGAGAUUCAAGUGCUAAGUGUAGCUCAAAGGUAAUCUCUUUUCUUCAUUGUACAUCUCCGGUUAAUACUGAAGAUUUAGUCGUUCAAAGCAAUACAGGGUUGAUUGUUAACACAAGGGAUAGAGAAGAAAUUACUCAAGAUAGAAUUGAGCAAAUCUCUCUAGUGGCUGAAGUUAUCAAAAACGCAGAAGGAAAUUGCAGCUUCAUGAAGUUCAGAGAAUGUUUGGAAGCAUAG